AUGGCGUUUACUGUGCGUCUGUCUCACUCCAUCAAUGAUGAGGAGAAAAAAUACGUGACGUUGAGGAAGACUCUGAUUAGGAAGUGGCUGAAAGGUCAGGGUUUCGACUGUGAACUGGCGGAUGUUCCUAACAUAGCGUUGCUGGGGUCAGGCGGAGGAGAGAGGGCAGCAGUGGGCAUGCUGGGAUCACUGCAUCAGCUGGCACAGGACAACCUGCUGGGCAGCCUCCUCUACAUGUGUGGGGUGUCAGGCACCACCUGGUCAUCUCUGUACAGCGCUCCAGCCUUGUCGUUGAGUGAGCGUUGUGAUGAAAUGAUAAAGAAGCUGAGGGGUCCUAGAGGGGACUUGAGCAAAGCUGUGGACUGGCUGAAAUUGAGGAAAAAACUAAACCAGGACUUCAACCUCACUGACUUCUGGGGCGCCUUCACUGCCUCCUGUUUCAUGAAAGAGAUGCACACUCGCUGUCUCUCUGAAGAUGCUCACUUCAUCAAACCCUACCCCAUCUACAGCGCCAUAGAACUAGACUGCGGCAGACAGGAUGACACUAAAGGGGUAUGGUUUGAGAUGACCCCCCACGAGAGCGGCUUCUCCGGAUUGGGCGCUUUCGUCCCCACUUCCUGUCUUGGGAGCAAGUUUGAAGGUGGGACUCUGAGAGAGAAGAGGAAGGAAAUGGACAUGGUUCUGCUGCAAGGUAUCUGUGGGAGUGCCAUUGCAGACAAGCAGAUAAACAAUGAGGAGGUAGUAAAAAUGAUCUGGAGCUUAUUUGGAGGGGAGGACAGCAUGAGGUUGGACUUUGUGAGUAAGGGGGAGGUAAAGGUGUGUGAGUGUGUGCCCUCCCGAGUGGUGAGGUGUGUGUCUGAGCUGAUCAAGUACGCUGAGGACCCAGAUCCACUGAAGACAAUGGAAGUCAUCACCACACUGGGACAGCUACUGAAGGGUCUUGUGAGCAGUAAGGGCGAGAUGCUGUGGAACAUGGACUCUGAGAGGUGGAAGAGAACCAGCCUGGUGGAGAGAAAGAAGUUCAUAGAUACAGUCAGUCUGGAGCUCAUCCUCUCCUCAGACAGCUGGACAAAAGACUGGAAGGACAAACGCUGCAUCUGCAACGGGUUGUGGAUUGUAAAGAACAUUUUUCCUCUGGUCCAAACAUGGGAAUGGGGAACCAUGUCCAACUUCCUCUUCAAGAUCCUAGAUACUAAUGUUCCGAGCAGCAUGGCAUCCAAAGAGAAGAUUCACCUGGUAGAUGCUGGGUUAAAGAUCAACUCUCCUUACCCCCCCGUCCUGCGCAAAUCCAGGGAGGUCGACCUCAUCAUCUCCUUGGACUUCAGCGCGGGAGACCCCUUUGAGACUGUGUUUCGUGCCAAAAAGUAUGCUCUUCAGCAGAAGCUCCCCUUUCCCCCAGUGAAGGAGAGUGUGAGGGUGGAGAAAGACCAUCCGCAGGGCUGCUACGUUUUCGAGGGGCGACACCCUGAGCCCACCGUCAUGCACAUGCCCCUGUUCAACCUGCAGAACUGCCAAGAUGAGGAGGAGAUUAAGACGGAGAGGGAGAAGUACACAACGUUCCAGCUGCCCUACGGUGUGUCUGAGAUCGACCACCUCCUGAAGAAGGCCAAGGACAACUUGAAGAACAACAAAUACAGGAUCCUGGUACAGAUCAUUAUGGCUGUCCAACGCAGAAAGAAUCGCAAUUCAGUGGCUCAAUAGUCUUUAUCUGUGGUGUAAAGUACUACAAUAUUUUCUAUUUAUUUAUAUUUGACAACUUUUACUUCACUACAUUCCUAAAGAAAAGUAUAUGUAUUUUUUACCCCAUACACUUUCCCUGACACAAUAGUAGCCUACUUGUUACAGUUUGAAUGCUUAGCAGGACAGAAAAUGUAUAAUUCAAGCACUUAUCAAGAGAACAUCCCUACCUGUUAGUCCCUGCUGCCUCUGAUCUGGUUGAGUGAUUAGAAACACCUGCUGCUCAUCUGUGUUCCCAACAAAUGCUGUCUUGAAUUCAAAAGAUUUGUACCUACACACUG